UAUUUAUUUAUUUAUUUUCGUGUAAUUCAAGUAAAUAAUACAGUUGUAUAUCGUUAAAUUGAUAAGUAAUAGCAAAAAUCUGUUUCGACACGUGAUAUAGAUUUUGACAUAAAAAAAGGUCUAUUUUUAAUGGUGCUCAAAAAAGAAUUAAUCCUUGAUUGAACCUCUUUCUAAAUCCGGGUUUGCACCUUCAAUAAGUUCCAUAAAUUCAUCGAUUUAUGUCAAUUUUCAUCAUGCGGCCUUUUGAGCGUUAAAUAACACCAUGUCUUCACCAAGCAACCUCAUUUUUACAACUCGAAGGUUGCUGACUCGCAGUAACGUCCGUUAUUGUUUUAACACAACAUUGUGCUAUAAAGACCACUGCCACAUUAUACUUGGGAAAUGCAAACAACAAUUUAGGACUCAUUAUCCCCUUUAUAUUCAGAGAUAUUUUAAGGAUGCUAAAAAUAAAUUGCGGGGUUUUAGCACCGCUUCUGAUAAAGAUUUCUUAAGUAGACAACGCACCAAAGUAACCAAUGAGUUUAAAACUUACAUCGAACAGAACAAGGAGAGGCUAAGAGAUACUGAACAAAGACUUAAAGAGAGGGGUACGAUUAUUUUACAAGAUAUUAAAGAAACUAAGGAUAAAGUUAGAGGAAAAGUGGAAGAAAUUAUUGAGAAAGAAAAUAUUUAUACUAUACCAAAUUUUUUAUGUGUGGCUAGAAUAGCUAUGUCUCCUUAUUUAGGAAUGUUAAUUGUUCAAAGUCAUUUUGAUUAUGCAUUAGCGGUGUUGGGAAUUGCUGCAAUAACUGAUUUAUUAGAUGGUUGGAUUGCAAGAACAUGGGAAGGGCAAUCUUCCAAAAUGGGAAGUUUUUUAGAUCCUAUGGCAGAUAAAGUUUUGAUUGGAACCUUAUUUUUAACAUUAACUUAUGCGGACCUUAUACCUAUUGCAUUAACUACUUUAAUAAUUGGACGUGAUGUUCUAUUGAUUGUAGCCGGUUUUGUUAUCAGAUAUCAUUCAUUACCCCCUCCGCGCACUCUUAGCAGAUAUUUUGAUGUAACUCAUGCUACAGCUCAAUUAGCCCCAACCUUCAUCAGCAAAGUUAAUACUGCCGUACAAUUGAUUUUAGUUGGUUCUACAAUAGCAGCUCCUAUUUUUGAAUAUAUUAAUCACCCUUUGCUUCAAUCUUUAUGGUACAUAACGGGAGGUACAACAAUUGCUGCUGGAAUUAGCUAUGUUAUUUCAAAAAAUACCUAUCGUUUUAUUAAAAACACUAAUAACAUCAAAAAAUAAAUUAAACAGGAAUUGAGACUGGAAGUUUUAUACAAUUUAGCCUAAGUUUAAUGAUAAGUUUAUAUAGAAAGUGUAUAUUACAGUUUAUAGAAAUAAAUUUUUAAUGUGCAUAAUCUUA